AUGAAUGAAGAUGGGCCAUUAGUUCGUAACUCUCUAUUACGUAACAGAAGUCGUUCUUAUGAAUAUCAAACUUCAAGAAUUGAGACGAAUAAGUCAAGAAAAACAUUAAACCUGAAAGAUGAUAAUUCGGAGGAUAUUACCAACUUUUCUGCGUCUGAUCCACUGGAAGUCUUCAAUGAUAAAGAUUCAAAUAAGAACCAAGAUAUAGAGAAGGAUGAAAAGCAAUUAGAAUCCAUAGACUACCCAUAUUUUAAAUAUGCCAACUAUACGUCAUUAAUGUUGGAAAACAAAGGCUCCGUAGCCAGAGAUCAUUUAUCAAAUGAAAGAACAUUUUUGGCAUGGACAAGAACUGCUCUGGCAUUCAUUUUGGUAGGUGUUGGCUUUACUCAAUUCUAUCGUAUUGAGCAAAAGACUGCUGCUGCUGCUUUUGAUGAUACCAGAUUUAAGAUUCAUGAAGAUCAUUUGCAUGUAACAUUUAAACAAUUAGGUAAGCCAUUGGGUACAUUAAGUUUUGCACUAGCAGGUAUCACGCUACUUUUUGGUGUUUACAGAUAUUAUCAAGUGCAGAUGAUGCUAACAAGAGAUUUUUAUCCUGCCACAAGAAUAACAGUUAUUGUAUUACUAAUAAUUAAUCUUGUUAUUCUCAUAUUACUCUUGAUCCUAAAUAUAAAGGUAACUGUGUAA